ACAACUAGUAAUAUUUUUCGCAUAUAAAGAACAGGCAAGCCCGAGCCAAAGCAGAACACAGCACACUUGGAGUUAAAGAAAAAGAGUUCUUCUUUUCGUGUGUCAAUUUUCUCUUCUUCCUUUCUCGUGCUUUCCUCACGAGAUCUCUCACAAGACUCUCACGUUAAAAUAAUAGAAAAGAAAAAGGUAAAAAAAGAAGGAAUCCAUAAAUGGACAUGAGAAGCAACAACCACCAGCAACAACAGCAACAGGUACUUGAUGGGUCGGACAUAGUCGAGCUGGUCGAAAACGAAAAAGUCUUCGACAAGUUUGUGGAACAAAAGUUUCAACAGUUGGAUCAAGACGAAGAUGGUAAGCUCUCCGUGAAAGAGCUACAGCCUGCCGUUGCUGAUAUCGGCGCCGCUCUUGGUUUGCCUGCGCAGGGCACUUCUCCUGACUCCGAUCACAUCUACUCAGAGGUCUUAAACGAAUUCACUCAUGGAAGUCAAGAGAAAGUGAGCAAGACAGAGUUCAAAGAAGUGUUGUCAGAUAUUUUGUUGGGCAUGGCUGCUGGUUUAAAACGCGACCCCAUCGUCAUCCUCAGGAUGGACGGUGAGGAUCUGUCGGAGUUUAUCCACAGCCCUGGAUACGAAGCUGAGAUCGUCUCCAUCUACUUCUCAGCGCUGUCUGGCUGCGAGGAAGCAUCGCUCCGUGAUUGCAUCGCCAAAGCUCUCCAGUCACUUUCUGUUGAUCAUGGAAUGCCUCCUCCUAACGAUCCAUGGGUAAUAAGCAACAUUGUCGAACCGAUCGUUGAAUCUUGUCUUGAUGAGGAAGAUAAGAGAGAGAAGUGUGUGUCCCAGGAGAGAUUCUUGGAAGCAUUCAAGAGAGUCGUGGAGAGAGUGGCUCAACGUCUCAAUGAACAGCCCGUGAUCGUGGCCCACAGCGAAAACACCUUCGAUGGGAGCGGCAUCAGGAGGCUCCUGUCCAAUAAAUUCGAAUUCGACAAGGCAUUAAACGUUGCGUUGGAGAUAAUCCCAAAAGACCGUCAUGGUAAGGUAUCCAAAGAGUAUCUUCGAGCUGUGCUCGACACUGUUGCACCAUCUGCGACUUUACCACCAUUAGGUGCAGUGUCCCAGAUGGAUGAUAUGAUAAGGGAAGCGCUGAAGAUGGUGAAUGGAGAUGAUGGAAAGAUGGUGAAGGAAGAGGAGUUUAAGAAAACAAUGGCGGAGAUAUUGGGAAGUAUAAUGUUGCAGCUUGAGGGUAGUCCGAUAUCGGUCUCCUCUAACUCAGUGGUUCACGAGCCGCUCACCUCCGCCACCUUCCUGCCGGCGGCUCCGGCUGAAGCAGAUGAGCCUUCUAAUUAACUAUAGUCGUUUUAAGUGGGGAGAAACAAGAACAAAAAACGUUAUGGUUAUGAGUUUUUACCCCCCUUUAAGUUUUUAAAUAUUUGAGGAAAACCAGAUUUACUUUGGGAUGUGUAAGAAAAAGGCCUCUCUUCAUUUCUUUCUGAUGAUAAAGAGAAAUGGGCGUUUUUUAGUACUGAAUACAUUCAAAGACUGUGGUUUCCUCGUAUGGGAGUGGUGAUUAUAUGCUCAUGUGCCUUUGUCUUUAAUUUCAUCAUGGAAUGCAAUGUUUUAUUAUGUUUUUUUCAUUUUUUGUUAUUUUCUGUCUUGAAUCAUGUAUCUUAAUUACGUUUACUCUGUCAUGGGUCGCGGGCAAUAAUCUUUUACUCGAGUUU